CUCAGAUCAUUAACAAAAAUACCAGUUGCAAUAUAUUUGUGCGGAACAUUUGUCAGGAAAAGAUCAAUAAGGGUCGAUUUCUCUGGACAUUUCUGAUUUGGACGUGUUGGGCCACUUAAUAAUUACGUUAAAUUCAUAGAGUCGCAGUAAGCCUUUAAAUCAUCAGAGACCGGUUUUAACCAAUCCCAAUUUAGAUCUCCGACAAUGACAACCUCACUGUAGUUCAGUUUCGCCAUGCAUUUCGUGAAAGAAGACAGCAUAUUACUUGGAGCAGAUGGAGGUCUGUAACAACCAACCACAGUAAUGAAGACGUCUUUCGACACCUCUACUCUUAGAGCAAGCAUUUCAAAUUGUUUACACGCGGACUCUGACAGCAGUACACUCAUAUGGAAAUUGCUUUUGACAUAAAUAGCUACACCACAUCCCCUUUUGAAUAACUUUAUCAGGAACCGACUUGCUCAACCAAGUUUUAGAUAUCACAAUUAUAUCCGCAUCAGUUGAUUCAACCCGAAUCCUUAUCAGGUCUAUUUUCGGAACUACACUACGAACAUUAAAAUGUACUAUACCCAGACGCGAUGUACUUUUAAAAUCUGACGGAGUUUCCAAACAUUUUAGACUUACGUCUGGGCCAGGGUUUGGUUGAACAUUUCCGGAUAAAAGCAACAGCAGAACAAUUAAGCUUCUCAGUUCAGUGUGCUUAAACAUCACUUUUUCGGCAUUUAAUUUGUCCACAAAAUCCAAAACGGAGUCUUUCGAUACAACAAAGUAGUCAUACAAAAGCAACAAACUACGAAGAUGAUGUAGGAUUUCCGAAUUUUGUGUUGGCUUGACGACAGACAGGGCAUGAUCAAAAUGAAAUACUGAGUCCGUGGCAGUCAAAGGGAAGAUCAUCCGCGAAAAACGCUCGUGAUUGGAACUACUCACCACAUUCUGCUCACUACGGACGUUUGUUUAGGGUCCUCGGAGAACAAAAUGGCCGAAGGGCAGUGCUACUACAACGAGACAAUCGCCUUCUUCUACAACCGCAGCGGGAAGUAUCUGGCCACAGAAUGGAAUACAGUCAGCAAGCUGGUGAUGGGACUGGGCAUCACUGUGUGCAUCAUCAUAAUGCUGGCCAACCUGCUGGUCAUGGUCGCCAUCUACACCAACCGCCGCUUCCACUUCCCCAUCUACUAUCUCAUGGCCAACCUGGCGGCCGCGGACUUCUUUGCCGGGCUGGCGUACUUCUACCUGAUGUUCAACACGGGUCCGAACACGCGGAGGCUGACCGUGAGCACCUGGCUGCUUCGGCAGGGCCUGCUGGACACCAGCCUGACCGCCUCGGUGGCCAACCUGCUGGCCAUCGCCAUCGAGCGCCACAUUACCGUCUUCCGCAUGCAGCUGCACACGCGCAUGAGCAACCGGCGCGUGGUGGUGGUCAUCGUGGUCAUCUGGACCAUGUCCAUCGUCAUGGGCGCCAUCCCCAGCGCUGGCUGGAACUGCAUCUGCGACCUGAGCAUCUGCUCCAACAUGGCGCCCCUCUACAGCAACUCCUACCUGGUCUUCUGGGCCGUCUUCAACCUGGUCACCUUCGUGGUCAUGGUGGUGCUCUACGCCCACAUAUUCGUCUACGUGCGGCAGAGGACCAUGCGGAUGUCCCGCCAGAUCUCUGGGCCCCGGCGGAAGAGGGACACCAUGAUGAGUCUGCUGAAGACCGUGGUGAUUGUCCUGGGUGCCUUCAUCAUUUGCUGGACACCUGGUUUGGUUUUGCUGCUCUUGGAUGUUUUCUGCACCAAAUGCAACGUGCUGGAUUUCGAGAAGUUCUUCCUCCUCUUGGCUGAGUUCAACUCCGCCAUGAACCCCAUCAUCUACUCGUACCGGGACAAGGAGAUGAGCGCCACCUUCAAGCAGAUCCUGUGCUGCCGGCGGCAGGAGAACGUAAACGGUGCCGCGGACGGCUCUGACCGCUCGGCCUCCUCCGUCAACCACACCAUCCUGAGCGCGCCGCUUUACGACCGCACGGUUGUGUAGGCUAACGGGCACCACACAACACCACCUGGCUGGAGCAGAACAGGGUGAAUCGCAGGUCACCAGGAGAUCAUCCAAAUAGGAUGUUGCCAAAAAGGACAAUGCCAUCGCGUUGCCACAUUGGCCAGAAGUUUCUUGCAAAAGAAAUGUCACGUUGCCUAUGGAGCUCCCUGCGUUAUGCAGGGAGGACUAACUUAAUGUGAUAUUAAUGUCAGAACACACACAUGCACGCUCACACACACUGUUACACGCGCACACACACAGACACGCACGCACACACACUGUUACAUGCGCACACACACAGACACGCACGCACACACACAGACAAA